AGAAACUCACACACCUUGACAAUCUGUCUGUCCGUCUGCAGCUGCGUGACUGUCUGUCUCUGCCAUGUCUCUCUCCCCAUGCCGGGCCCAGAGGGGCUUCAGCGCUCGCUCAGCCUGUUCUGCUCACUCAAGGGGCCACAGCAGGGGAGGCUUCAGCAGCAGGGGCGGCUUCAGCAGCAAGAGCCUUAAUUCCUUUGGGGGGUGCCUGGAAGGCUCUCGUGGGAGUACCUGGGGGUCAGGGGGAAGGCUGGGGUUGCGGUUUGGGGAGUGGAGUGGUGGGCCUGGGCUCUCUCUGUGCUCUCCGGGGGGCAUCCAAGAAGUGACCAUCAACCAGAAUCUGCUGACCGCACUGAAGAUUGAGAUCGAUCCCCAGUUCCAGGUGGUGCGGACACAGGAGACCCAGGAGAUCAGAAUCCUCAACAACCAGUUUGCUUCCUUCAUUGACAAGGUGCGGUUCCUGGAGCAGCAGAACAAGGUCCUGGAGACCAAGUGGCACCUGCUGCAGCAACAGGGGUUGAGUGGCAGCCAGCAGGGCCUGGAGCCUGUCUUUGAGGCCUGCCUGGAUCAGCUCAGGAAGCAGCUGGAGCAGCUCCAGGGAGAACGAGGGUCUCUGGAUGCUGAGUUGAAGGCCUGCCGGGACCAGGAGGAGGAGUAUAAGUCCAAGUAUGAGGAGGAGGCCCACAGGCGUGCCACACUCGAGAAUGACUUUGUGGUCCUCAAGAAGGAUGUGGAUGGGGUUUUCCUGAGCAAGAUGGAGUUGGAGGGCAAGCUGGAGACUCUGAGAGAGUACCUCUACUUCUUGAAGCAUCUGAAUGAAGAAGAGCUGGGCCAGCUCCAGACCCAGGCCAGCGACACGUCUGUGGUGCUGUCCAUGGACAACAACUGCUAUCUGGACUUCAGCAGCAUCAUCACUGAGGUCCGCGCCCGGUACGAGGAGAUCGCCCAGACCAGCAAGGCUGAGGCUGAGGCCCUGUACCAGACCAAGUACCAGGAGCUUCAGGUGUCUGCCCAGCUUCAUGGGGACAGGAUACAGGAAACGAAAGUCCAGAUCUCUCAGCUGCACCAAGAGAUUCAGAGGCUGCAGAGUCAGAUUGAGAACCUCAAGAAGCAGAACGCCAGCCUGCAGGCCGCCAUCACUGAUGCUGAGCAGCGUGGGGAGCUGGCCCUCAAGGACGCUCAGGUCAAGGUGGACGAGCUGGAGGCUGCUCUGAGGAUGGCCAAGCAGAACCUGGCCCGGCUGCUAUGUGAGUACCAGGAGCUGAUGAGCACGAAGCUUUCCCUGGAUGUGGAGAUUGCCACUUACCACAGGCUGCUGGAAGGCGAGGAGUGCAGGAUGUCUGGGGAGUGCCCCAGCCAGGUCACUAUCUCCUCGGUGGGAGGCAGCGCUGUCAUGUCUGGAGGAGUUGGUGGAGGCUUGGGGAGCACUUGUGGACUCGGUAGUGGGAAAGGCAGCCCUGGGUCCUGCUGCAUCAGCAUCGUGACUGGAGGCUCCAACACCAUCCUGGGCUCUGGGAAGGACCCUGUUUUGGGUUCCUGCUCUGUGUCUGGCUCCAGCUCUGGCUCCAGCUGCCACACCAUCCUGAAGAAGACAGUCGAGUCGAGUCUGAAGACAUCCAUCACCUACUGAGCGACCCAGCAGCCACCUCUUUCCUGAACACAUUUGGCCUGCUCCCCCCAUCAGCCGGCUCUGCAAGGUCAACUCCGUGACCACUGCCCACAGCCCAAGCCAGCCCACAGCAGAUGCUGCAAAAAUCAAUAAAGUCUCCCCUCCUGC